AUGGGUAAUAUAUUUGCAAAUGUGGAAACUCCGCAGUGGCUAAAAACGUUAAACGCCUAUGUGUUUUAUCGGCGCAAUAAAAGUCAAAGUGAUGUGUCGUCGCAACCAGAUCAUGCAGAACGUGUUUCUGAAGAAAUACCAACGAUAAUUAAUGACUCCACACAGAAUUCUAAAACAGUUGCAGAGUCAUUAAAACCAACGUCAUCAACAACAACGACGACUUCGCCACUCAAGUGUAGUGACUUUUAUAUAGCAUGUCGUGAUAACGACCAAGGAAAAGUUAAAGAAUUGCUUGAAACUAUGACACCUGAUGAAGUUGAUCGAUUGGAACCAAACGGUAGUACAGCAUUGCAUGCUGCAUGCUUUUAUGGUCAUUAUCAUAUCGUCGAAUUAUUACUAAAAAAGGGAGCUGAUAGAGCCGUACAAAAUCGACAUCAAUGUAUCCCAUUUGACGAAGCUAAAAAUGACGACAUCAAAGAACUUUUUCUUCGUAUACCGAAUAGCAAUCGACUUGUUGUUCAAACUGGUGCAAUUGAGUGGACAUUGAUUGAUGAAGAAGCUGUAGAAAAAGCAAAAGAAGAACGAAAUAUGAUUAAAUAUUUGUAUGAAGAAAAAGUAAAGGCUUCAUCUAUUGAUGUAAUGUUUCAAAGAAUUGAGAAAAAUUAUGUCAAUAAAAUAUUAAAUACAAUUGGUGGUAUUGAAAUUAUUAGACGUUUUUUUCAAAAAGCAAUAGAAGAAAAAGAUCCCAAAUGGCUCAUCACGGCUUAUACGGCUGAAACAGAUUACUAUAGAGUUUUGAAUACGGAAAUAGCAUGUGGUUCUAGUAUAUGUCAAAACGAACGAAGAUAUAUUAUAGCAUUGAUAUCACAUCAUGAUAGUUUGGAACAAUAUACGUUUAUUGGCAAUUCUUAUCGGGUCAUGCAUAUCAGUAAUCAUGAUUUAAAAAGAUAUCAAGUUGGUAAUUUGACAAUGACAAAAUCAUUCGUAUCAUCAUCGAUUGAUCGAAAUAUCAUUGAAUUAUUAUCGUGGAGACAAGAAUCUAGAAGAUUACCAAUUGAAGCGACUCAACGGCAAACUAUUGAUGGACAGCAAAUUAAGUCAUGGGUGGUAUGUAAAUAUCACAUCAAACAUCAUCGUACUGCAUUACAUAUUGAAAACAUAUCUCAAUAUGCACAUGAAGGUGAAAUUCUUAUCAUGCCAUAUUCAGUAUUUAAAGUGAAAAAAAUCGACACAAACGUUAAACUUUCAUUUCUUCAAAAUGUUUCACAGGUGACUGAAAUUCAUUUAGAAGAAUGUGAUGAAUAUUCGUGA